AUGUAUGAUACAAUUUUCAGGUUCACAAAAGAUAUAAUCUUUACAGAUACGGCCAUUGAACCAUUGGAGCAGAGCGCUUUAGAAACUUUUUCUGACAUUGCAUAUCGAUGUUUGAUGGAAUCUCGUGAAGAUUGGCCAAGGAUGGCUGAGCAAUUCCAAGUUCUUAAAAUCUUGCUGGAAGAGAUAACAUCAGCCACCAACCACUUUAACGUUGAGAAGAACUAUACUGGAGGUGGUGCUUUUGGGAAGGUUUAUAGAGGUGAAAUGUCUCACUGUAAGGGCCGAAGCAUGACUGCUAUUAAGCGUAUUGAUCCGAAGUAUGGACAAGGAAUCCCUAAGCUCUUGAAAAAGAUCAGGACCCUUUCCUGUUACAGGCAUGAAAAUAUUGUCUCUCUUCUGGUAUUUGGGGAUGAGAUGAUCCUUGUGUACGAGCAUGUGUCUCGUGGAAGCCUUGACCGCUAUUUGGACUCCUCUCAUCUCACGUGGUCCCAACGUCUUAAGAUAUGUUUGGAUGCCACAAAGGGGCAAAGGUACCUUCAUGAUCACCAAAGACUUAUCCACUGUGAUGUAAAAAGCACAAACAUCCUACUUGAUGACCAAUGGAAUGCUAAAGUUUCUGACGUUGGAUUAUCAAUAAUGGGCCCCGCUAAUGAGCAUAGCUCUGUUACAUUGUGA